GCUCGCUGCGCCGGGCUGGCCUUGGGAUGCGGGGUGCGGGAGUCUCGCUUCCCACUGGGGCUUGGAAGGACAGAUGGGACCCAGGUGUCCGGGAGCCGGCCGGAUGCGAGGGGUGCCCGGGGGAUGGAUGGGACCCAGGGUGUGGGGCGAGGGGUGUCCCCGGGCCGCCCCCCUGCAGAGUAUCUGGCCGGCGGCAGGAGCUGAGUCUUUCUCCCCCUCCCCUGACAGGGGCCCCCAUGGCCGGCGAGCUGCGGUGCCGGUGCGUGCAGACCGUGUCCGAGGUGAUCUUCCCGAAGCGCAUCGCCCACGUGGAGCUGAUCCCCGAGGGGCCCCACUGCGGGGUGCCAGAAGUCAUCGCCACCACGAAGCAAGGCAAGAAAAUCUGUCUGGAGCCCACCGCGCCCUGGGUCAAGCUGAUCGUCACCAAGAUCCUGAGCAGAAAAACAUGAAAAAAAUAAUGAAGAAAACCUCUGGAUUUGCCUGCCAAGAAAAUGGCAUUUUGUGAGCCAGGGACUGCAAGAAAAUAAUUUUAUCUGUGAGACACACUGAAUUUGUGCUCAUCCUAUUAAAUAUUUGUUUGUA